UCUCUCUCUCUCUCUCUCUCUCUCUCUCUCUCUCUCUCUCUCUCUCUCUCAAACACACUCAAACACACACACACAGAUGUUAAAUAUGGUUGCAUUCAGAAUGAUGAGGUUGGAAAGAGACUAUGAUGAUUUGCAGCCGCUACCACCACCACCUGUGACAGUGGGGGAGAGCCACUCAACUCAUGGCUCCCUGGAAAAGCUGGUGGUGGUGUUGGCGGUGAUAACCAUCGUCGGCGUAAUCGCAGGGAUGAUAGCUCGGCUGUGUGGUGGAAGACAUUACGGUGGCAAUGGAGAUCAUGAAAUGGAAGGGUGGAUUGAAAGAAGAUGCAAGAGCUGCAUUGAUGGCGGCGUUUCAUCUGCACCACCCCCACCACCACCAGAAGAAACAGCAAAGCCGGAAAAAGAGGAAGCCAAGAAGGACCAACAUGAGAAAAAGUAAUAUUAUAAUAGUUUUUUCCCCCUUUUUCUAUGUUAUAAUUUUCUUUUUCUAAGGAACUGGUCGAUUUUCUGUACAAUUUCGUCGUGUGACUCAUCCAGGCUUUGGUUUUGUGAUUAAGAGUGAUACUGUGGGGAUUAGCUUUAGGGUUGAUUUGUUUAGGGUUGAUUUGUUCAAAGUUAAUCGGAAAAAACUAAAAAGAUUGUUGAACA